ACAUUUGAUAUUUUGUCUGUGUGCAUAGAUUAUACACUUAAUAUUUGAUCUGUGUAAUUGAUUUAAAACAUUGUUUUGUUAUUGAAGUUUUUAAAUUUUCAACUAACCAAAUAUUGAAAUUAAGAUGAGAAUACUCAUAAAGAAAUAUGCCACAAUAUCCAAAAUUUUACUACCUAGACGAAAUUUAGUCCGUUUCCUUUCAAAUGAUACGCAAAAAAAAACAGAAAAUGAGACCGAAAAGAUUGAAGAAGUAAAAAAAAAUAUCAUAAUAGAUAAAUUUGGAGCAGUCACAACAUUGAACAUAGACCGUCAAGUGACUCGCAACAGUCUAGAUGAAGCCACCCUCAGGGAGAUGGCUGCCGCAAUAGAUGACUUUGAGAAAGAUAAUCAAGCCAAAGUAUUGGUUUUGAAUGGUGAAGGAGGAUCUUUCUGCUCUGGAUUUGACAUUGAUGAAAUUGGGGAGAAAGGCUAUAACAGUUUAAAGGAUGCUGCUGCACGUCUGUUACGUCGACCACUUUGUGAUAAGCCAACAAUAGCAGCCGUCACUGGAUAUGCAGUUGCGGAAGGUUUUGAGCUGGCAUUAGCUUGUGAUCUACGAGUCAUUGAAGAUACUGCAGUAUUAGGAUGUCUUGGAAGAAGAUUUGGAGUCCCACUAAGCCUGUACGGUGCAAGGCGUUUGACAUCAUUGAUUGGGUUGUCAAGAGCUCUCGAUUUGAUAAUGACGGGGCGGCUAAUCUCUGGAACUGAUGCACAACAAAUGGGCCUGGCUUGCAAACUUACUUCUACAGGAACCGGACUUGGUGAAUCCGUGAAGUUAGCCAAAUCCUUGGCUAAGUUUCCCCAAAAUGCAUUAAUAAUGGACAAGUUAGCAGCAGUUAACUCUCAGUUGAAUCCGAACAGUGAGGAAAGCAUGAGGGACGAAGCAGUCAUGACUAGUCUGUUAGGUAACGCUAUACUGGAUAUAGAGGAAGGCGUCAAAAAGUUUCAAGGAGGUAUAGGAAAGCAUGGAAAGUUCUACAAAUUAUCAGAAGCACCAUUAAAAGAAUGGGAAAUUGAAGAGAGCGUCGAAGAAGUCACAGUUCAGAAGAUAAAUGAAAGGAAAAAUGAAAAGUCAUAAAUAUUGCAUAAUAGUUGUUAAGCUGUUGUUUAAUUUGAGGUUUUAAUUAAUUUUAAUAAAUAUCUAGUCGUUCUCAUUGCUGAAUUUUUUUAAAUCUAUGUGGUAUAUAUAUCUAUGUGGGUCUAAGUAUCUACGUGGAAUUGUAGGGUGAAAUCUAUUUGAUUUUAACAUUAACAUCAGAAUCUUAAUUUAAUAAAUAAAACAAUCUUGUAAUCUUAAGUGAUGGCUGAAGUUGGCAUUCGUCUUCUUUUAAAAUCUAGUGUGAAUUAAAAUAAUGAUAAUAAAAAUGCCAAUCUUCUCAAAUUUAAUAGAAAAAAAAAAAAUUAACAGGCCUUAAAGUCCUACAAGAAAUGGAAAUUAUAGCUCGAGUGUUAAAUUUUCAGAUCUAGCAAUGAGUUUUUAUUAUCUAUGGUAAAUCUAAGGAAUUUAACGUUGUUUUUUUUUUGGAAAAAUUUCUGGAUUGUUUCUGUGUCAUGUUAAAGGGUUUAAGCACUUCGAAUCAGACGGGCCGGGGGCUUGUUGCCCUUAUGGCACUAAUUGAUAAUUGUUUCUCGUGUAUGUCAACGCCAAUAAAACUCAUAAAAUACAAA